CCCUCAUAUUUGCUUCUUCGUAUAUAAGCUCGUCUCGAUCCUAUGAGAAUCAUUCCUACGUUGGAAGUACUCUAGUCCGUACGCAAUGGCUGCUAAGUUUGUCGUAGUGCUCGCGCUGGCGGUGGCCGCCCAGGCGUCAGUGGUGCCCGUGGGCGUCGCGCGCGCAGACGACUACACCAGCUUCGCGUACGACGUAGCCGACCCCAACACCGGCGACUACAAGAGCCAAGUCGAGACGCGCGUCGGCGGCGUCGUGCAGGGCCAGUACUCGCUGUUGGACGCUGAUGGCACCAAGCGUACCGUCGAUUAUGCCGCUGAUGAUGUCAACGGUUUCAAUGCUGUCGUGCGCAAGGACCCUGUUGCUGUUGCUGCGCCUGUUGUGAGCGCGCCUGUUGUCAGCGCGCCGGUAGUCGAAGCCGCUCCCGCUGUGGUUGCCGCGCGCACUAUCGCCGCCCCUGCCGUGUACUCGACCGGCGUGGUUUCUUCAGCGCCCGCUGUGUAUGCCGCACGCACUGUUGCCGCUCCCGCUGUAUACUCCGCCCCUGUAGUGGCCGCACGUACGGUUGCUGCUCCCUCUGUGUACUCGACCGGCGUGGUUGCUUCAGCGCCCGCUGUGUAUGCCGCACGCACUGUCGCCGCUCCCGCUGUAUACUCCGCCCCUGUAGUUGCCGCACGUACGGUUGCUGCUCCCUCCGUCUACUCGACCGGUGUGGUUGCUUCAGCGCCCGCUGUAUACGCCGCUAGCGCCCCCGUGGUAGCCACCCGCACCGUCGGCGUCGCCGCCCCGGCCGUCUACUCCGCCCCCGUCGUCGCCCGCUACGCCGCACCCUCCGUAUACAGCUCAUACUACGGCACCCCUUACACCUACGGCGCGUACGCUGCCCCGGUAGCUCAAUGGUAACUUUAACGAAGCCUUGUCUCAAGGUUCCUUAGCCAUAAACCACGACGUGUUCUUCGUAAUGUAAAUAACUUAUACGACUUUGUACAUAUGCAGUAUGUAUGCGAAAUACAAACGUUU